AUGAAAAAAGACAAUAAAACCGGAUGUGCAGGCUCAAGUGUCGACAAUCUACUGGCAUCGCUGCAUCUCAGCCACACGGAUCUUGACGAUUACACAGAAGAAGACACAUGCAAAUCAGCCCAUCCUUCAUACACGCACGGAUUCAUUCACAGCACAGGCACGCCUAGAGAGUUCUGCAUAAACAGAUUCAUAGAGGAACGCGAAUACACAAUCUCAAGAGGAGCAUUGCCAUUCUCCAUUAUUGAAGCAAUUGGCGCAGCAAAGCGUCCAGAAAAUAACACCACUGCACUCAACCACAAUCUCAUCAUUAGGCGCGGAGUUUACGACUACGGAUUCACCAAGCAAGACAUCGACAGAUACCGCAUCAGAAGAAAAAAAAGAACGAAGGCUGUGUGUCCCAACUGGGAAGACAUCGUCGAAAAACGAGAAAACGAGCCAAAACGAGUGUCUGUGCGGCCCAUCAGGCUCGCAAACAAACAAAAGACAUUAAACUAA